GGCGGAGUGAACACAUGGAGUAAUACAGGUGUGUGCCCUCUAUUUCUCCUCUUUAUACAGCACAUCAGCCUAUGGUGAGUGGAAGGCUUUUACCCUGGAGCAGGUCACCGUUCACGAAACUGCACAUAAUCUCUCCUCUCACAGCAGCUUUGUGUGUGUCGUACCUGGUCGUCCCCCUCGGGAACAAGAAAAGCCUCCCCCUCUGUUUUUCUGACGUGCCUGCCUGAGCCCACCGAGAUUUCCUGAGGCCAUGCCUGCUAUUGUCAACCUCCUCUUCAACGUGGUCUCUACCAACACAACCAUCUCAUUCAGAGUGGUGUUGCCAAUGGUCAGUCUGAUCUCUCUUUUCGUGGGAGUGGGAGGUCACCUCCUGCUGUGGCUGGUGCUGGUGAGGAACCCUCGGAGUCGCUCCAAGCCGAGCUCCAUUCUGCUCCUAAAUCUGAGCCUGGCAGAUCUAGGAGCCCUGCUCACCCUGCCCUGUGUGCUUUUGAGUGCCAGCCUUCAGAACUGGCAGCUCGGCGGUGGGACCUGUGUUCUGCUUGGGUUCAUGACUUCAGUGACAGUUGGAGUGGAGAUCUUUAGCCUUGCAGCGUUGGCAGUGCUGAGGUAUCGAAUUGUCGCACCACGGAUGAGGCCACCUGCUAGUCUGACGCAAGUGCUGUGCACUGUGGCAGCAAUUUGGCUGGUCUCUGUAACCAUGGCCUUGCCGAAGGUCACCUAUAUCAACUUCGACGGUGGAUGCACAUGGUCGGUUGGUCGGGAAGAAUGGCUGUUCUUUCUGGUUCCUGCUUUCCUGGUGUACUACAUAGCCCCACUCUUGUGCAUCGCCAUUAACUGUGGCCUCAUUAUCUCCCACCUUCACCGCUGCAGAGGGAGCCUGGUUGCCAACAGACGCAACAAGAAAGCUACCGCCCUGCUAAUUAGUUCAACACUUGUCUUUGCAAUUAGCUGGUUGCCAUAUUAUGCACUUGAGUUUGUCAAUGUUUUGUCUCCUUACAUCAGUUCAGUAGCUUCUCCCACAAGCAGGCUAGAUGUCUGGGCAUCUUCAUCUUUAGCUGUAUCAAAUUCACCUCCCACUCCACCCGGGCCUUAUGAACAAACCCUGACAAGAGUCACACUGCUUUGGGAAGUGGCCUCUUUGACCGCCAUUUUGUUGGUGUGCUUGGCUCCAUGCUGGAACCCUCCACUCUAUUUCCUGUUGUCACGCCCAGCUGUUCAUCAGCUGAGAGCGCUCCUGCCUUCUUUCAUCCAAGAGCAGAUAGGGAGAAAACCGGUGCAGGCCUGGCGUAUCUCUCCUGCCCCUCUGCCAUGUCUGCCAGUACCUCAUGAGGCCCCAAACUCUCUCAAUCAUCAAAGCCUGAUUCACAGAUUGACUCAAUGAAGAUUGCAACAGCUGUGCUCACUCACAUUCCCUCAUGAGAUCCAGCAUGCAUGUGCUGUCCAUACAACACUGUAGAUGAAUACAUGAUUCACAGGAUGCACUGUGCAUGUACAUACUCAGUACGCUCAUAACUCUUGGCAACAAUAAACUCUCACAUUGUAUCAAAAUCAGAUCACAUUUAAUGCCAUAAUCAAGGGGUAUUGAUCACAUAAGAAGAUACAUUUAGCAUCUCGCUGCCUGGUCAAUUUCGGCCAUAAGGGGAAAAAGCUGGAAAUCAAACUGAAUGAAAAUUUAAUUUGAAAGACUAAACAACAGUUUCCAUUUGUAUCAUGGCUCAAAUCAUCAUUUAUAUUCAGGUCACUGAGCUUAAACAUAUGGACUUAGGCUCAGACAUCAACCUUAGCAGCCGCCUUUUUGUUGCUGAAAGGCAUCAGCUAAACUUAUCCUGACUGACUAAAGCCAUCCAAGCAUAUAUAAACCAAAUCUCCCUAUAGGGUCUUACACACAAGUCCUAAUUGCAAUGAGAAAGGAUCCAGUGACAGAGAUAAAUGGAAUCUGCAUUUUGGAAAAUUGCCUUUGCUCUUUGCAGUUUAUCAGAAUCUUUUAUUUGCAUUACAGCAAUGAAUCACAAGAACCGGUACAACCUUCCAACUACAUUUCCGGGUUUUUUGAAAGAGUAGAAACAGCAGAAGAUGUCGCUUUAGAAAUCUCACAGAAAGGCUUGGAGGGAGCAGAUUCCGGAUUCAAUGUCAAGAUAAUAACCUUAAUGAAAACAGGGCUCUUUGACUUUGACACAUAUUAAAAGAUGCUGACUUAUUUAGUUCUGAACCUGAAGUGAGAAGUGCCAAUUAAAAAAAGAGAUUUGACACAAAGUAUUGCAUCUGUGCUACUGGAGGAAAAUGACUUUCUACAAGUAGUUCUAUCUGCAUCUAGAGAGAUUUAAUAUUCGUAAUGUAAAGGCCAUGUUGUGUACUGGCUGGACCUUGGUUGGCUGUGAAAAAGUUAAUUGAAUUCAAUUCAGUUUAUUUAUAUACCGCCAAUUGUAAACAGAUGUCAUCUCAAGGCACUUUACAGUUCACCAGAUCAUACAGUCAAAGUUAAGUUAAGGUAGAGUAUUUCUUUUUUUAUUAUUGUACUGUAUAUAUAUAAUUUUUUUUAUAAUGAUGCAUUUCUUUUUCUUAAAAGUAUAUUCCAACUGCUUAAGAGAUACACUUCUCAUUCAUUGUAUAUGUAUAAACACAUAAUCAAUUUCUUACCAUGUUACAGCCAUAAACUGCUUGUUGGCCAGACAAACAUACAGAGAUGGAUAAUUGUAAAUAGUAUACAUGGUGUUUUGUAAAUAAAACUCUAUCUGUGGUCCCUGUUUACUCUGAAACAGCUGAAUAAAAAGUUAGGUAUGAAUAUUUAUAUCUAAAAGUUACCAAAUAGUAGUUAGAUUGGUAAGCACAUUUUUCUUGGAUAUUAUAUCAAAAAGCAAAACAAAACAGUGGAUGAUUAUGAAAGAGUACAUUGCAAUCUCUGACAUUUCCCUGUAUGUAGGAAGCUCCAUGUAUUUCAUCAACAACUAUUUACCUUUCCCCCAUUAAACAAAUAUUGUCACAGUACUAUACUGCUACCUCUAUGUUUUAUUGUAGGUAUGUGUUCACGGAUAUAUAAAGUCUUAUUUUUGCUGAA